GAACAGCUCGUAGAGCAGAACAUCUUCAAGUUGGAGGUGAAGCGCAAGAGGGACCUUCUGUUCAACAAAGCCAACGGCGUGCUCUCGUUGGAGAAAAGACAACUGAAUGUGAAGAAAGCCAUCCAAGGGAGGCAAGAGGAGAUCAAAAUCUACAGUCAAAUGCUCAGUCAGGAGCUGAAGACCACCGAGCAGGAGAGACAGAAAAUCAGCGCUGACCUGAACAGAAAGUUGUCCAAAAUUGAUGGCGUGAAGAAACAUUUUGAAGUUGUGACCUUUUCAAUGGCAACCUCUGGGGAGGAUGAGGAAGAUGUGGUGAAGUGUCAAGCUCGCUACAUUGCUGAGGCGGCGCUACAGAGAGCAGAACUGAUGGAGCAGGCGGAAUGUCUGACUGCCAAAAUACGCAAAGCCGAGCAAGAAAAUAAAGCUCUGCAGAACACAACGCUGCUGUUCAAUGUCAGCAAUUCAGGAUUCCACACGUCGGUCGCCAAAGCAAAAGAAUCCAGUCAGUCAAUGUUGUU